AUGUGCUCCACCAGCUGCUCCACGGGCUGCCAGGCGUCCUGCUGCACCCCCAGCUCCUGCCAGGCAUCCUGCUACGUGCCCAUGAGCUGCCAGCCCACCAUGUCCGUGCCCGUGAGCUGCAAGCCUGCCGUGUAUGUGGUCCCCUCCGGCCAGUCCUCUGUUUGCCUGCCCGUGAGCUACAGGCCCCUCGUGCUCAUGGCCCCCUCCUGCCAGUCCUCCGGGGGCUGCCAGCCCUCCCGCCCCACUCUGCUCUGCAGACCCGUCUCCUGUAGCACCCCAUCCUGCUUCUGGCCAUGA